AUGAAGCUCUAUCACCACGUUGAGAAGCACGAGGAUUUCUUCCUCCCCUAUCAAGACGGUCUCGUCCUCAAGCCCGUUGAAGCCCUCGUCAAGCACGAGAAAGACAUGAGCUUUUCUGAUGUCGAGACCGUCCUUCCUGCUACUGAGGUCCAGAAGGAUAUUCUCAAAGAGGAUGUUCAAUGGGCUGAAGCGGUGCUCUUUUCUGGAAAGACAUCUGCUUUGAGCUCUGAGAAGAUCUUUGAUGCGUGGAGAUCUUUGGCAUAUCACCAUAUAUGCCUUCGAUCUUGCAUUACCGAUGGACCAACGCCAAAGAUCGUGGUCCAGCGAUGCAUCGAGCCUGUUCAGUGGCGCCGCCCUGAAAAGGGAUUUGAAAAGCAUCACCGAGGCUCAGCAUUCCUGACUGUUGAGCCAACAACCGUUCUGACGAGCUCAAUCUCACUUGACUGUCUUCUUCAAAUCCACGGUAUUCCUGGUAUCGAAAGUACUGGAUUUACCGCAUACACACGAUACCUCGCGCAGCAGCGCAAGGACAUCGAAUCUUCCAAAGCUUUCUGGUCCAAGACUUUCUCAGACAUUGCCCCUCAGUCUAUCUUUGGGCUUGAACCUGACGCUCUUGGUGGUUUUAACCAGGAUAGACAUGGAGUCAGUGCUGUUGUUCAAGGCGCAGAGCUAGCAGCGCUGAACAGCCUUGAGAAAUCUCACGAGGACUCAAAGGCAUGGCGCCAGACGUUCCUUGAAGCGAUCUGGGCUCAUGUCCUGAGUGCACACUCCGACUCUGAAGAGGUUCUUUUCGGAACUGUUCGACGAGACUCCAACUUCGUGGGAUCGGACACUUGCGUCGGAUGCCUCGACCAAACCUAUCCCGUGCGCCUGCGCGUUCCCACUGGCGAAGACGCAACCUUCCCCGACCUUUCCACUUCACUGGACCAGUACCACACGGAAGCCGGUCGUCACGCAUUCAUCGGCUACACUGGAAUUGAAGAACAGGCCCCAGCUGACAUGCUAAUCGAAACAGCCGUCAGUUACAGCCAAACCACCAACACACCUUGCAUCGCGCCAAGUUUACGAAAAUUCCCUGUCGUGUUGUGCAUCAACGACGCCAGCGUGUUACAACUCGCUAUCAAAUGCACAACCAAGAUCCCACUGGAGAAGGUCGAACUGGUCUUCAGACACUUCGUUUCGGGUAUCUUCAGUACCGCACAGGGCUUGAGCGCAGUGGAUAACUUCCCUCUUUCAGACAUCCAGCUUGUGUCGGAGGCUGAAAAGCGUUUGAUCCUAUCUCGUUCGGUUAGUACCCGCAAGGUACAGCCUUCUACUAUUCCUGCUUUGUUUGAGAAGACUGCGGCUCGAUACCCUGAAAGAGUCGCAGUUGACUUUCAGGGAGAGACUGCACUCACCUUCGCCCAGCUCAACGCCCUCUCCAAUCAACUCGCGAGGAAGCUGAGGCUUCAGAAAGGUGCAGUCUAUCCCAUCUUGGCUGACAGAUCUCUGGAUCUGGUUGUGGCUAUCCUCGCGGUGCUGAAGGCUGGUUCAACGUAUACUGUUCUUGACCCAGAAUUCUCCGUCAGUCGCCUUGAGCAAGUCAUCAACGAUUGCAAUGCAGCAGCGGUUCUUUCUACACGCAAAUACAUGAACUUGCUUCCCAAAACUGUCGAUAUUGAACAAGAUCAUACGCGACUAAGCACUGAUGCCGCAGAAUCACUUCGUGACCCUGAUGGCAUCGGCGUAGACGUAAAGCCUCAAGACCGCUGCUACAUCAUCUACACAUCCGGUAGCACAGGAAAGCCCAAGGGUGCAGUGCUCACUCAUGAGGCUGCCACCAGCGGAAUGCAGCAUCACUCUCUGAACGGGCUGAACCGAUGGCUUCUCUUCUACAACCCGAGUUUCAGCGCCGCUCAGCGCACUAUCCUCAGCACCCUUGUCAAUGGCGGAACUCUCGUGUUGGCACCCAAGGAGGCACUCACCCGGGAUCUCGCGGGAGUCAUCAAUCGGCUUUCGGUCGAUGCCCUCGGUAUCACACCUUCUGCCCUCUCUCUCUUGUCGCCUAUGGAUGUCCCAAAUCUGAAGAGUAUCACCCUCGUGGGCGAGCAGACUCCUCAAGAGCUCGUCAACACUUGGUCUUCUGUCAAGGGACUUACACUGAGGAACACGUAUGGCCUCAGCGAAUGCACGCAGCUCAACUUUGGAAGAUCGUUAGUUACAGUUGAUGGGAUCGUUCCGAACCCUCGCAUCCUAGACCCGCCAAUCGACACAACGAGCGUCUUCAUCCUCCGUCAUGGAAGCACUGAGCUCUCGCCACUACUCGUAUUCGGCGAACUCUGUCUCACCGGUCCACAGCUCGCACAAGGCUACGUCAACGAGCCUGGACUCACCGAGAAAGCAUUCAUCGCCAACCCUUUCGGUGCUGGAAAGCUUUACAGAACUGGUGACAAGGCUCGAUGGCUUUCCAAUGGCCAGAUCGAGAUUGAGGGACGUGUCGAUAUGCAAGUCAAGAUCAAUGGGCAAAAGGUCGAACCUGCUGAAGUCGAUCGUCUUUUGGUCUCGCUUGAUGUGAUAAAGGGCGCUGUGACAUUUUCUGUCAAGAUGGAAGAUCGCGCAAUCCUGGCAACUGGCGUUGUUCUCAAUGAUGGGUCUUCUUUCAGAGACGCCGUCAACGCAGCGAGGAACCAUCUUCGCGCCAACCUGCCAGUCUUCAUGACGCCCACUCUUUGGAUCCCUAUUGAGUCGGUGCCUAGGAAUGGCAACGGAAAACUCAACUACCACUUGCUGCGAAGUAAGGCAAAAGAGCUUGGUUUUGCUGGCUUUGCCAAGCUCAUGGAAUUAGGCAACGAAAAGAAUGCGGAGGAAGUCCUCACUGAUGUCGAAGAAGAGAUUGCAUCGGUAUGGGCAAGAUCUCUCAAGAUUGACGGCUCCGUCAUCCGUCGAUCUCAUUCCUUUACCGACCUUGGCGGGACUUCCAUUGAGGCCAUCCGAGUUGUGUCAGAGCUACGUGAGCACGGUCUAGCAACUGAACUCGGUGACCUGCUGGCCUACAUCCCUCUCAGCGAUAUUGCAUCCCGAUCUCAGACUCUUGCAGUGGAGGAUCAGCAAGACCCGACGCCUUUCUCACUCCUUCAGGAUGAGAAGAUGCUUGCAGAGUUGCAGGCUAACAGCGAUACCAGCGACGCUUAUCCUGUCACACCUUUCCAAGAGUCCAUGCUGGUGUCGGUUAACUCGCCGUCAGAUCCAUACACCUAUUCCAGGACUUGGGAUGUAAGUCAGCUGGAUCUCGCACGCCUGAGAGACAGCUUCGAGCAGGUGUUCAGGUCUCGCGACAUCCUGCGCACCGUGUUUGUUCCAUACAAACAGUCAUUUGUACAGACCGUGAGGUCCAACGUAGACCUCCCCUGGUUUCAAUCUCAGCAAACACUAGAGGCCUUCCAGCAAAGUGGCAGCGCUCAUCACUGGGAUAUGGAGAAGCCUCUCUGGAAAGCAACUCUGACGUCGGAUCAAGCUCUGGUUGUGACAAUGCACCAUUCACUGUUUGACUUCUGGUCUCACGGCUUCCUGUAUGACGACGUCGCCGCUGUCUACACAGGCAAUCCGGUUCCUCACCGCCCAAACAUGAGCCGAUUUAUCCGAUAUUUGCAACAAGAGCCUGCUGCGAACAGCACCUCGUUCUGGUCUGAGUACCUCCAAGGUGCUGAGGUGCUCAAGCUGAACAGUAACCAGCUCUAUAGCACCAGUAAGCUUGAGUUCGAUCUUGGAUACAGUCUUACUUCUCGCGCCCGAAGUGUUGGAUUGACUCUCGGGGCAGUUGUAUACAGCGCCUGGGCCAUCGUUCUGUCUCGGCAGCUGGGAUCCAAUGACAUCACUUUCGCAACCACUGUUUCAGGCAGAGAAGCUCCUGUCGUCGGUAUCAAUGAUCUAGAUGGACCUACCAUGAGCACUGUUCCACAGAGGAUCAAGCUCGACAGUGAAUCUAGCCUUCGAGACGUCGCUCAGAAGACAGUUGCUUCAUUUUCUCAGCUCCUCAAGCACUCUCAGGUCGGCAUCGCUGCAGCGCUCAAAGCAGGUGGCAUUGGUACACAAGACAUUGACACACUCGUUAACAUCUUGAUUGAUGCCAACAAGACUGAGAGACCCAGAAAGUCUCACGAUAUCUUCAAGAUGCGCGGCUCGCGGCCUCAAUGGGAGUCUGGACACGGCAUGACUGUUCUGGAGGUCCAAGAAUCACAAGGACAGAGCGACUCUACCAUUCUCCGACUUUCAAGCAACGUAGACCCUCGACGCUUGGAAUUCAUCAAGAACUCAUUGGUCGAGAUGCUUCAUCUUUUCUGCGACAAGCCCGAUUCUAUCCUCUCGUCUGCCAACAUCAUGGGCACUGCUGAACACGACCUCCUCUACAACCAGCUUUCCAAUCGGGUGACACUUCGCGUUCCAGAGCCAGAGUUUCUUUACAGCGCUUUCAAGAGAAUUGCACAGGAGACUCCCGAUGCUAUCGUGAUUGACUUCAACAAUGAGAAAACCAUCUCUUACGGAGUCCUCGAUAAGCUAGCGAAUCGGUUUGCUCACACUCUUAUCGAUGCUGGCGUACAACCGGGUGAUCUUGUUCCCAUCAUGCUUGACAAGUCAGUCGAUAUGAUGGUUGUAAUUCUUGGCACAAUGAUCGCUGGAGCAGCGUAUGUUCCUUUGAGUCCCGACAAUCCCAUGGACAGAAACUCCUACAUCGUGUCUGACACGUCAGCAAAACUCAUUGUUGUUCAUCCUACGCACAUGGAGUUUGGCGAUCAUGUCAAGAAGUCUCUUGGAGUUGAGACACUGGUGAUGAAAGGCUACCAGGACCUGAGCUCGAUAAACUCGCGUGGUGAAGAUGCAGACUAUUGCCCCGUUGUCAAUCACUCCCCAGACAACCUUGCCUAUCUGAUCUACACUUCCGGCAGCACAGGACUACCCAAGGGUGUCAAGGUCCCCCACAGAACCGCUGCUGCUGCCGUCACGAGCAUGAUACAAGUCGAAGGCCGCAACCAAGGCGAGUGGAGGACUUUGCAGUUCGCCAACUACGUAUUCGACGCAUCAGUUCAGGAUUUCUUCAACACGCUCAGCAGCGGUGGUACAUUGUGCAUGGCUCCAACAGACGUCUUGCUUUCAGACAUCGCAGGCUGUAGCAACCGAAUGGAUGUCCGUCAGGCUAUCAUCACACCAACGGUUGCCAAGUUGCUCAACCCAGCAGAUGUCCCACGAUUCGAGACACUCAUCGUUGGAGGUGAGCCGCUGACCUCCGACGUCAUCAAGACUUGGGCGCCUCAAUGCAAGAUCUUGAACGUCUACGGACCAACUGAGACGUCCAUGGUGGUAACCACCAAACAAAUUGAGUCGUUCUCAGAAAAUCAUGCCGUUGGUAAUAUUGGCGCUCCGUUUGACACCGUCAUGGCCUUCAUCCUUGAUCCAAACGGCGAGACACUACAGCAUUACGGUGCCGUCGGAGAACUGUGCAUAGCUGGUCCUCAAGUAACAGAUGGUUACAUCAAUAGACCCGACUUGACGACCGCUGCAUACGUCGACUGUCCUCAACUUGGAGUUCGACUCUACAGAACUGGCGACUUGGCUCGAUGGCUACCUGAUGGCGAGAUCGAGUGUCUUGGCCGCAAAGACAACCAGGUCAAGAUUCACGGUCAUCGCAUUGAACUUGGAGAGGUUGAAAAUGCCAUUCGGAACUCGGGUCUUGUUAAGGAUGCGAUUGCUGUUGCUGCCAAGGUACACGAUAAGGUCCACCUGGUUGCGUUCUGUACCUUCAAUGAUGCUGCUGGAAUGGAUGGCGCUGGUAUUCUCGACCCUUCCACCAUGAGAGACACAUUUACGAGCCUGCACGAAAAACUCGGAUCGUUGGCGACUUAUAUGGUCCCCAAGUUUGUCAUCCCAAUGGCUGAUUUCCCGAAGCUGCCUUCGCGAAAGGUUGACCGCAAGGCAUUGAAGAAGAUGCUGGACGACCUCGAUCGGGAUUUCUUAGCGCAAUGCGUCCUGGAUUCUCCCAGCCAGGGCCACACAAUCGUGCCUGUAGAGACCCCCUCCGAGAUUGCUUUGGAGUCGGUCUGGGCGGAUAUCUUUGGCCUACCGACCGCUCAGAUUGGACGCGAGGCAAACUUCUUAGCAUUGGGAGGUGAUUCGAUCUCUGCAAUCAGUCUUACUGGCCUUCUUCGCAAACUGGGCUAUCAUCUGACGGUACUCGAUAUCCUCCAGUCUCCAAAACUUAGAGACAUGGCUUCUGCCAUGCGAAAGAUGGAGACCGAGUCACUGAGCAAGAGGACGGUCUUUAACGUUCCAGAGAAUGUCAAGCAGGCUAUUGGAAACACUGGGCUUACAUGGGAUGAUCACGUUGAGUACGCAUACCCUUGUCCCCCCGGCCAAGCAGAGUUCUUGAAACAAGGCGCUCGAGACUCUCAGAUGUGGGUGCUUCAGACGGUGCGUCGCAUGGCUGGUGUCAUCGAGCCUGAUGCCUGGAUCAAAGCCACCAGGCAGCUCACUGAAGUCAAUGACAUCUUACGCACGACUUGGCUAGAGGCAUCUCCUGGGAACUGGGUUGGAGUUGUCCUUCGCGAUGCACAGCCAAACAUCGCAACUGUCGCCCUGGACUCAGACGAGCAGAUGUCCGACUUCCUCGAAGACUUCUGGCGAACACGCUUUGAGUUCGGUCGUCCCUUCAUUAAAUACGCCAUCAUCACUCACGGAGACUCAUCCUGGGACUUGAUCAUCAAGAUGGACCAUGCCGUAUACGACGGAACUCUUCUACGCGUCUUUGAUCAGCACUUCGAGAACAUUCUACAAGGCAAGCCUUUGCCUCCUCGCGCCGAGUUCCGUGAUUUCGCUCAGCAUGUCUUUGAGCAAGAUAAGUCCAAGGCGCUUACAUACUGGAAGGAAAAAUUCACACAUGCUGAGCAAUCAUCCCUGAUUCUCAAGGGCCACGAUCUCAGUACAGUUAGUGAACCUCGCGUGACCGCUAGUUUCAAGAUGAAGAUGGAUACGCGCGGCAUCGAUCAAGUGGCAAGGAACUAUGGCGUCACUCCGAGCAUCAUCUUCCAGGCGGCGUUCACAGUUUGGCUAGCUAGGGCUACACAGAGUGAUCAUGUGCGCUAUGAUUAUCUCCUCAGCGGAAGAAAUGUGGCACUUCCUGAUCCUCAGUCCAUCAACGGUACUCUAGCCAACUUCUUGCCGAUCUGGACAAGUACGAGCGCCACUGAGAAGGUCUCAGAUCUUCUUGCGAGGUUACAAGAGGACUUUUGGGCAGUCACAGAGAAUGGCUUAGUUGGACUUGACGAUAUUUACGAGGCACUGGAUGUUUCUCGCGCGGCUCAUGGUAACAAGGUCUUGUUUCUGUCACAGCCAUUCGACCCUGUUCCAUUGGAUGAUGCAACGACCCGCAAUCGAUGGCUUGUCAUGGCCAAGUCAAAGGUGCGGAUGUAUCAGCCGUAUGCGCUUGUAGUUGAGGUAUCGAAGUCCUUUGGUGAUAGUUCGAUAUUGAAGGUCAUGUAUGAUGAGAAUGUGUUUGAUCAUGGGAUGGCUGAAGCUUUUGCUUCUGAGAUCACUGGGUUGGUAUCGGCUAUGAUGCAGGAUGAAAAGAAGAUUACGACUGUUGAGGAAGUUUAG